AAAAAAGUCGUUGUCAAAUUCGAAGUUUCCAACUAAUAUUUCUGACACAACCAAUGGCUUCGAUAUAUCCCUAUUACGAAGAAUCAGAGCACGCAGAGGGUAUUGUAUUUGCAUCAUGCAAAGUUCAAAAUGAUUUCCAAGCGAAACUCAGCUGGGGCGCCACGAAGAUUCAAAGCUUCUUUCGGGGACUGAAGGUGAGAAAGCAAAUCGAGCACAUGCGAAAAGCGGCGAUCACGAUUCAAAAACUGGUGAGAGGCUGGCUCGUCAGGUACCAUUUGCCCGACAGAUUGCAGGAAUAUUACGACGAGAUUUGCUUUCGGCAUUACAGCAAAGCCGCCGCCAAAAUUCAAGCUACUUGGAAAGGAUACGUGUUUAGGAAGUUCACUUUCUGCAUUAAGGACGUUUUGGAGGAAAGAGCUCGAAUCGCCCAUGCAGACGAAGAGAUACAUAAGUUAUUCCAACAACCCUUCAACGAAUUUAACAAAACACCUUACAAAAUCAGUGAAGAUUAUUUACGACAAAUUUACGAGAUACUUUUCGACAGGCAUCACUUGCUUCGAACUAAACACAUUAAAGGCGUUCUAUCCAACGAAGGAAGCGACGAGUUAUCGAUAUUAGAACAGCUAAUAAAAGUCAUGCCUUGGAAUGAUUUCGUGCGGACCAUUCAUAAAAUUUAUUACAAUUACAUGAAGAUGCCGAAACCUGUGAGGUACAAGUAUUCAGAUAAAACGCUCAACAAACACGAGGACUUCAUUAGAUACAUGCUGAAGAAUCUACCCGAGGUUAUCAUUAAUUGGCAAAUGAGUCAAAAAGUGCAAGACUUUAAACUGACGUCGAAAAUCGAGCACGAAUCGGUGGGACCGCUGUUAUCGAAGAGCAGGUUCGUGCCUCCGAUUAAAAACCCCAUUCGAGUGCUCGAUAGCACCCAGAACGUGGCCUGUCGGGGCUUCAAUCUCAGCAUACCGCACGUAAAUCGAAUAAAAUGCGGCCUCAAGAAGAAACCCAUAGACUAUCACAUCGAUUUUUGGUAUGAAGAAUGCGAAUGCGGCCAACGAGAAAGGCUUCAAUAAAGUAUGUUUGUUGCAUAAAUCGUUUUGUUUUUA